CCCCUCAAUAAAACCCUACUCUUCCUCCUCUCGCUUCAGCUUGCCGUCGCCUUCUCCCAACCGAGAUCUGUCUCCUUUACCCUUUAUUUCAAUUCCUUUGCUCGAGAUCGACGAGGGGGAAAGAUGUCGCUCCGGGUGUUGAAUCCCAACGCCGAGGUGCUGAACAAGUCUGCGGCGCUCCACAUGAACAUCAACGCCGCUAAGGGCCUCCAGGACGUCCUCAAGACCAACCUCGGGCCUAAGGGCACCAUCAAGAUGCUUGUUGGAGGGGCUGGGGAUAUCAAGCUGACCAAAGAUGGCAACACUCUACUGAAGGAGAUGCAAAUCCAAAACCCCACAGCCAUUAUGAUUGCGAGGACAGCGGUUGCCCAGGAUGAGACUAGUGGCGACGGCACGACCUCCACUGUGCUCUUCAUUGGGGAGCUCAUGAAGCAGUCAGAGCGGUACAUCGAUGAAGGAAUGCAUCCACGGGUACUGGUAGAUGGAUUUGAAAUUGCUAAGCGGGCUACCCUUGAAUUUCUUGAGAAGUUUAAGACACCUGUUGUAAUGGGUGAUACCCCUGACAAGGAGAUAUUGAAAAUGGUAGCACGGACAACUCUUAGGACAAAGUUAUACGAGGGACUAGCUGAUCAACUGACAGAUAUUGUUGUUAAUGGAGUGCUCUGCAUACGCAAACCUGAUGAGCCUAUUGAUCUCUUUAUGGUGGAGAUAAUGCACAUGCGUCAUAAGUUUGAUGUUGAUACACGUUUGGUUGAAGGUCUCGUCCUUGAUCAUGGUUCUCGACAUCCUGAUAUGAAACGGAGGGCAGAAAAUUGUUAUAUCUUGACAUGCAAUGUCUCCUUGGAGUAUGAGAAAAGUGAAAUAAAUGCAGGGUUUUUCUACUCCAAUGCAGAGCAGAGAGAGAAAAUGGUUGCUGCUGAACGGCGUCAAGUUGAUGAGCGAGUUAAGAAGAUCAUUGAACUAAAGAAUAAGGUCUGCUCAGGCAAUGACAACAACUUUGUUGUGAUCAACCAAAAGGGAAUUGAUCCUCCAUCUCUGGAUCUCCUUGCUAGGGCAGGGAUUAUUGCACUUCGAAGAGCUAAGAGGAGGAAUAUGGAAAGACUGGUUUUAGCUUGUGGUGGGGAGGCUGUCAAUUCUGUUGAUGACUUGACCGAAGAUUGUCUUGGCUGGGCUGGGCUUGUUUAUGAGCAUAUUCUUGGUGAAGAAAAGUACACCUUUGUGGAGAAUGUGAAAAACCCUCGUUCUUGUACUAUAUUGAUUAAAGGACCCAAUGACCAUACAAUUGCUCAAAUCAAGGAUGCUGUUCGUGAUGGUCUCAGGUCUGUCAAGAAUACACUUGAAGAUGAAGCUGUUGUCCUGGGGGCUGGCGCUUUUGAGGUUGCAGCCAGGCAGCAUUUGGUCACCAACAUAAAGAAAACUGUUCAAGGGCGUGCACAGCUUGGUGUAGAAGCUUUUGCUGAUGCUCUUCUGGUGGUGCCGAAGACACUAGCAGAGAACUCUGGCCUCGACACACAAGAUGUCAUUAUCGCUCUUACGGGUGAGCAUGACAGAGGUAACAUUGUGGGUUUGAAUCACCAUACUGGAGAACCAAUAGAUCCACAAAUGGAAGGUAUCUUUGACAAUUACUCAGUGAAAAGACAGAUCAUAAACUCAGGGCCUGUCAUUGCAUCCCAGUUGCUUCUGGUGGAUGAAGUGAUCCGUGCCGGUCGGAACAUGAGAAAACCAACCUAAUUCUACGGUGUAUAUGUCUAUAUGGUUGUUUGAAGUUUAGACAUUGGUCAAAAUCUCAAAAGUGUUUUUGACGUCUGGAUUUGAACGAUGAGAAAUUACAAUGCUGAUGGUAGACCGAGUAAACGUUUUCUACAUAAUUUUUGCUCAUGUACUUUUCGAGAGUGAAAGAAUGCUGAUGAUAGGGUACUACUACAUGUUUGUUAUACCCUUCCCUCUUAGAGAGAUGAGGAAUGCUUCUGCUUUAUUGAACAAAAAUUGGCAUCUGUUGUCUUUUUUUAGCAUACACUUCUGGAUGUAGAGCAAAUUUGUCCUGAAAAUAUUUUAUCUAAUGAUUGUGAUUUGGUUCA